UCUCUGUCUCUUACUCUUGCUCUCACUCGCUCUCACUCCCUUGCUCUCACUCGCUCACUCGCUCACUCGCCGGUUCGCGCCCGCCACGCCCUCUCGUAUCUCUAUCUCUGUUAUCUCUCGUGUCUCGCUCUCUCUAAUAAUAAUAAUAAUAAUAAUAAUAAUAAUAAUGAUAAUAAUAAUAAUAAUAAUAGUAAAAAGUGCUCCAUAUUUUUCCAGUAAGUUUGUAACGAAUAUUUUUUUUAUGGAAAUUAAUUAAAACUGUAAUUCAAUAUCGGACCACAUUUUGAGUUUGUUUGAAAAAAUGCAGUGAUGUCAAACAAAAAGGAAUGGAUUAACAAGCACAAAUUAGAGAGAGAGAGAGAGAGAGAGAGAGAGAGAGAGAGAGAGAGAGAGAGAGAGAGUUGUCGUGAUUAAGCAGUGAACGUAAAUUUUUGAACCCCCACCACAUUAUCAUCACCACCACCACCACCACCACCAUCACCAUCACCACUACCACCACCACCAUCACCAUCACUACCACCACCACCACCACCACUGCACCAUCACGUGACCUUCGAAGUGCCAGCAGGAAAAAAAAAGUGCCAAAAAAAAAAAAGACACAAAACACGAACCAAAACAAAAACAGUGCCAGUGAAAAAAAAAGAAAAAAAAGAAAAAGCCAGGCCUAAAUGCUAACUUUUCUCAGCCUACCAGGAGAGUGAGUAAGCCUACCGUGCCUUUGGUCUGGUGCCUGCAGGAGAGUGCCAGGCCGCGUCAGUGCCAGCAGCAGCAUCGUGAGCAGAGCCACGUCCAUCUAUCGAGGUUGAGACAUGAGUGGGAAAAGAGAGAUGACCCCGUUAUUUCGACUUCUACUUGCUGUGUUGUCCUUUCGAGGGUGUUGCGGGCUGCACAUCGUUGACUUAGUGGUGCCCGAAGUGGUGCUGAACGGGUCCAGGUCCUCCGUGGUGCUGGACUGUGUGUACCGCUAUGAGAGGUACGAGCAGACAGGGUUGGUGGUCAAGUGGUUCUGGAAUCAUGACCCGGAGGCAGUGUACCAGUGGAUCCCCGGCAAGAAACCCGUGGCUCUAGGGGUGUUGAAGGGGCGUGUCAACCUGGAUUACCCGGCCACCAAGGACCAGUACGGACGGCACCGCGCCCUGGAGGUCCUGCAUCCCACCACAAACCUUACUGGCUACUUCACCUGCCGAGUCUCAUCCUUCCACGACGAGAAAUUCACCACCAAGAAAAUGAUUGUGUAUGCCCCCGCCACUGCGAUGAACCUCACCUACAGUAGACCAGCGCCCGGGCAGGUCAACAUCAGCUGUGAGGCGCACGGCAUCUACCCAGAGCCGUGCCUUACUCUCUCCAGCACCAGCACGCACCACGGCAGAACCAGCGUGCCAGCGGAUGUGGAGGUGGUGGAAGGGGAGGAGGGCUUCAGUGUGUUCCUGGAGGCAAUGGUGGAAGACGCCUCACUCCACCACGAGACUCUGUUUGAAUGCGUCCUCCACAUUCCUGAAACCGAGUACAGAAUUCAGAGAGAGAUUAUCUAUAUGCCUGAGUAUGGAACCUUUGGACGCUACGGGGGCGCCACGGGGCUGGACGGCGCACCAACACUGCUCCUGGUUCUUUCCCUUCUGCUACCACGUCUGCUGUCUGCCGCCGCCGCCCGUCCCCCGCCCAUCUCAUAGACCGCCCACACGCACCCCCACGCCCUCACGCCCACCCACCAAGCCCACAGGAGCCCCAGUAUAGCCACUCACAUUUUCCCUUGGUGGUUUCCCUGUUAGCAAUUUCAUGAGAGAGCGUGUUAUGUUAGAAUAUUUUUUUUUCUAGCUCCUCUUCUUCCUCUUGUUCCUCUUGUUUCUUCUUCUUCUUCUUCUUCUUCUUCUUCUUCUUCUUCUUUUUUCCUUCCUUCCUUCCUUCCUCUUGUCGUCUUUCGUUUGUUUGAGUUGUUUCUCAUUCUCGUUUUUCGUUUUUUGUUUAGUUUUUUUCCUCCUCUUCCUCCUUCUCUUUCUCUAUUUCUUCCUAUUCUUUCUCUUCUCCUCCUCCUCCUCCUCCUCCUCCUCCUCCUCCUCCUCCUCCUCCUCCUCCUUCUCCUCCUCCUCCUCGUUUCUCGUCUUUUCUACAUCCUUCUUCUUCACUGGUUCUGAUUAUUCCUCUAUAUCUUCUCUUCUUCGUCUUCCUCCUCCCUUCCUCCAUUUUACUUUUUUCCUCCACUCUCUCUCUCUCUCUCUCUCUCUCUCUCUCUCUCUCUCUCUCUCUCUCUCUCUCUCUCUCUCUCUCUCAUCUCCUUAACACUUCCCUAACUACCCGUCAAUCUCUCACCUCUCACAACUUUCCACCUAGCAACUCUCCCUCCUCUCCCUAACACUCCCUUCAACCUCUCACUGAACCCUGAACCCUAAAUCCUGAACCCUGAGCCAAAAGAUAGUGUUCUGAGACAUUUUUCCCGCCAAUUCUUCGCUACUUUUAAAAGACUUUGUGUUGACGUUCCAAUGUUUUUUUUUUUUCUACGAUU